AUGUCAGAGGAAUCUCGUUUGAAAGACUUCCAAGAAGCUAACAAGAUUGUUUUUGACCCAAGCACAAGAUCUGUAUGGGAAUCCCAAGAUAAGUCCCAAAAUCUGGAGGCAUCUAAAACGGAGGAUGAUGAGCAACAAAACGCAACUACAUCAGGUAUCGUACCUACCCUACAAAAUAUUGUCGCCACAGUAAAUUUGGAUUGUCGCCUGGAUUUGAAGACUGUAGCACUGCAUGCGCGUAAUGCUGAGUAUAAUCCUAAACGUUUUGCAGCUGUAAUUAUGCGUAUCAGGGAACCUAAAACAACAGCACUUAUUUUUGCAUCGGGUAAAAUGGUCGUAAUCGGUGCCAAAUCCGAAGACGAUUCUAAACUAGCUAGUAGAAAAUAUGCGAGAAUCAUUCAGAAGAUCGGUUUCAGUGCGAAAUUUACCGAUUUCAAGAUUCAAAAUAUUGUGGGUUCCUGUGAUGUUAAGUUCCCUAUAAGGCUGGAGGGCCUUGCGUUUUCGCACGGUACUUUCUCGUCUUAUGAACCAGAGUUGUUUCCAGGUUUGAUUUACAGAAUGGUUAAGCCUAAGAUUGUACUAUUAAUCUUUGUGUCGGGCAAGAUUGUGCUAACGGGUGCUAAGCAAAGAGAAGAAAUUUACCAGGCAUUCGAGGCUAUCUACCCGGUAUUAAGUGAAUUUAGAAAACUGUAA